AAUUGUUAAUGUUUUUCCAUUUAUUAGCAUUUGACUUUGUGAUUUUUAUUUGGACUUUGCUAUUAUCAAACGUUGGCUGAAAGAAAAAUAACAAUUUUGUCGUUUUGGGACCUACAGUAUAGCUGUUUGGAGAAGAAGUGGCAUGAUAUGAAAGAUGUGGUCGUGCAUCGCUGACUUCUUUUCGUAUGAAACCACAAAGUCAGUGGUGGUGAAGAGCUGGACCAUCGGCAUCAUCAACCGAGUUGUGCAACUCCUCAUCUUCACGUAUUUCAUUGGGUGGGUGUUUGUUUAUGAGAAGGCUUACCAGGUGAGGGACACAGCAAUCGAGUCUUCAGUAAUGACGAAGGUGAAAGGUUUCGGAGUCUACAAUGACAAAGUCAUGGACGUUGCGGACUACGUCACGCCAACACAGGGAGCUUCCGUCUUCUGCAUCAUCACCAAACUGAUCACAACAGAAAACCAGGUCCAAGGGCGUUGUCCAGAGAGUGAGAAGAAGUAUGUUUGUACUGACGACAGCAACUGCACUCGACUUGGUAACAAGCCAGGAAGUUAUGGAAUUCUUACAGGGAGAUGCGUUGCUUUCAACACCACAGUCAAUACAUGUGAAAUUAAAGGCUGGUGUCCUGCUGAGAUUGAUACCAUCAACAGCACACCAAUGAUGGAAGUGGAAAAUUUCACUAUUUUCAUCAAAAACAGCAUCCGAUUUCCAACCUUCAACUACACCAAAGGGAACUUCCUCCCCACCAUCACUGACGACUACAUCAAGGAAUGUAACUUUGACAGGGUCAACAACACGUAUUGCCCCAUCUUCAGAGUGGGUGAUGUGGUCCGCUAUGCACAUCAAAACUUUACCAAGCUGGCAGACAAGGGAGGUGUGAUCGGGAUAAAGAUUGGCUGGAUGUGUGAUCUGGACAAAUCAGAUGAGCAGUGUAAGCCUUCCUACUCAUUCACCAGACUGGAUGCGAUGUCACAGAAGAACGCCGUCUCACCAGGCUACAACUUCAGGUUUGCCAAGUAUUAUAAGAUGGAGAAUGGGACUGACUAUCGCACACUGGUCAAAGCCUACGCUAUAAGGUUUGACGUGCUUGUCAAUGGAAAUGCAGGAAAGUUCAACAUGAUCCCCACACUGAUCAACAUGGUGGCAGCUUUCACGUCAAUCGGAGUGGGCACCGUGCUGUGUGACAUCAUACUGCUCAACUUCCUGAGGGGGGCGGAGACGUACAAGGCCAAGAAAUUCGAAGAGGUGUCAGACAAUCCCGUGGAUGCUCUGAACCACAGGCUUUAUCGCUCCCAGCUAUCACUUCAAAACGAUGCGACUGUGGUGAAUUCCAGUGACUUGGGAGCUUAUUCCAUUGGGUAUUAUUGCUAACAAGGUGUUAGCAGGAGGA